UUGUACAAUGAUGUGUGUUCUCCUUUUUCACAGAGAUGAACUGUUGUAUACGCUUAUUGCAUUUGAUAGGAAAGAUUUUCUGUAACGGUCCUUGUGAGAACGGAGGUGAGGGAGCCUGUUGGAAAAGGUGCUCCGCAUCUGACACAACUUCAACAUAUUUAGUCGUUUCCCUUGAUUGACCACCAGAGGUCCCGCUGACUGAAUAAAUCGCUCCCCACACUCAGAGCGGGUGAGCGGCUUCUCCUCGGUGUGAACUCGCUGGUGUGCCGGUAGGUUAAGUGACUGACGAACCUCUUCCUGCAUAUAAAACGAUCUCUCCCCUGCGUGAAUUCGCUGGCGUCUCUGCAGCUCAGACGAGCGAGGCUGGAGAUCUCCCAGAAUCCCCACAUCUCACAGAAAGGUACACUGUGGAGUUUGCCACAACAGUACAAUGAUACUAUUCGGGUACCUGACACAGCAGGUUCAGUAGAGAUGUUCUCUCACACACGGUGGGCUACACAUUUGCCCCUGUAAGUGAGUGCUGGUAACAGAGGACUCUCUAGUCUGGGGCUGAGAGGGUAAACAACUUCAAGUUCGUCGGCAUCCACAUCACUGAGGAGAUCACGUGGUCUGUAUACACCAGCUGUGUUCUUAAAUCAGACGGUUGAGGAACUUCAAUGUGGGCUCCCAAAUCCUAAGAACUUUCUACAGGGGUACAAUUGAGAGCAUCCUGACUGGCUGCAUCACUGCCUGAUAUGGGAACUGUACCUCCCUCAAUCGCAGGACUCUGCAGAGAGUGGUGCGGACAGCCCAGCGAAUCUGUAGUUGUGAACUUUUCAUGAUUCAGGACAUUUACAAGGACAGGUGUGUAAAAAAGGGCCCGUAGGAUCAUUGGGGACCCAAGUCACCCCAACCACAAUCUAUUCCAGCCGCUACAAUAUGGAAAAUGGUACCGCAGCAUAAAAGCCAGGACCAACAGGCUCCGGGACAGCGUCUUCCACCAGGCCAUCAGACUGAUGAACUCACGUUGAUUUACAUUGACUGUUCUAUUUAUUAUAAAUCGUUGUAAGUUACUAACUACGAUUGCACAUUCAGAUGGAGACGUAAAGAUUUUUACUCCUCAUGUAUGUGAAGGAUGUAAGAAAUAAAGUAAAUUCAAUGCAAGAGAGCCUUUUUCGUUCCCCAUGCGAAAUCACUGACAGCCGCUUCAAAUCGCAGGUUCCCGAUCAGUCAAGUACGCAUGCGCGGCGAGCAAGAGCCGAAGGCAGAAAAGCGCGCAUGCGUCCAGUGGAUGACAGGCUGCGGGAGGUCGGCGGCAGGUAGGAGCGGGGCGUUGGGCCACGGUUUCAUCAGCACCGGGCUCGCAUCUCGAUCGCGGGAACAAUUGCUCCGAGCUCCGGCACUUCGUAGGUUAGAAACAGCAAUGGAUUUUUGUGCAGGGACCUUGGACACAACAGUGCGUCUCCAGAAUUUGAAUACCAUGGACCUUUGAAUGUAGAGGAGGAGGUGCUCGACAAGGCAGCACAUCAUUCGCAGCAAGGAGAACCCCAGCGUGCGCUGAGCGAAGGGGUGAGAUUUGCGCAAACCAACCUGGAGAUUUCGGAGAGCAAACCUUGCGGUUUCUUAAACAUUCGUCUGUUUUUACAAGGCCAGCGCUCAAUCUCAACCAGCAAGGAGCCGGCCGGGUUCAAACCCAGGACGACUCACCCCAAAGUCCGGAGUGCAUAUGCCACCACCCAGCCUUUGUAACGGCGGUGGAUCAUGGGAGAUCUCAUCCCAACAAAUGAAACACUUUGUGCCUGAAGUGAAGUGUUCCGUUUGAAUUCUGUGAAACCCACUGGAACCGGGGUGCUGAGGACGUUUGUUCACCAGAGGUCAGGUUUUCAACGAUACAUUGACUGUGCAGGAGAUUCACGACGUCUGACUUCGACUCGUCAGAGGAGGGACGGCAGGGAGAAGUAAUCCACUUUCUCUCAGUGUGGGAAGGGAUUCACUCGCCUCGCUGGCCCGCAGAUACACUGGUGAGUUUGCCUGCUUUGUGCAUGGGAGGGGGGCACACUCGAUCGUUCCACCUACUGACGUAGAGGGGAGGUCACACAGGAGAGAGACUGUUCCGUGUGUGGGACGGGAGUCACUAAUUUAUCCCACGCGAUGGGACACCCGAGGAGAAGCUACUCAUCUGCUGACAAUCUGGGUGGGAUUCGCUGAAUUAUCUCACCUGCAGACACAGCGGCGAGGUCACACAGCAGAGGGACGAUUCAUCUGUUCUGUGUGUGGGAAGGAAUUCACUCUUCUCCCAUGUGAUGAGUCACCAGGCAGAUCACACUGAGGAGAGGAUGUUCACCUGCUCGGACUGUGGGAAGGUGUUUACUGAGUCAUCCCACCUAAAGACACACCAGCGAGUUCACAGUGGGGAGAGACCCUUUAUCUGCCCCACCUGCGGGAAGGGGUUCGCCCAGUCAUCUGGGCUGCUGACCCAUGAGCGGAUUCACACGGGAGAGAGACCGUUCGCCUGUUCCGUGUGCGGGAAGGGAUUCACCCACUCCUCCAACCUGAUGAUGCACCAGCGAGUUCACACCGGGGAGAGGCCGUUCACCUGCUCGGACUGCGGGAUGGCAUUUGCGCAGUCAACUCACCUGCAGAAGCACCAGCGAGUUCACACAGGGGAGAGGCCGUUUUUCUGCCCCGCGUGCGGGAGAAGAUUCACCCUCUCCAGCGGUCUGGUGAAACACCAGCGCGUCCACACCGGGGAGAAGCCGUUCACCUGCUCCGAGUGUGGGAAGGGAUUCAUUGAACCAUCCAAACUGAUGAGUCACCAGCGAGUUCACACCGGGGAGAGGCCGUUCACCUGCUCGGACUGUGGGAAGAGAUUUAGUACUUCAUCUACUGUACUGAGACACCAGCGAGUUCACUCUGGGGAGAGGCCAUUCAAUUGCUCUGACUGUGAGAAGCGAUUUACUGUGGCAUCCCACUUGCAGGAACACCAGCGAGUUCACAGCGGGGAGAGGCCGUUUAUCUGCUCCGUCUGCGGGAAGGGGUUCACCCAGUCGUCUGUUCUGCAGAGACAUCAGCGGGUUCACACCGGGGAGCGGCCGUUCACCUGCUCUGAAUGCGGGAAGGGGUUCACCCAGUUAUCUCACCUGCGGACCCACCUGCGAGUGCACACCGGGGAGCGGCCAUUCACCUGCUCCGAAUGCGGGAAGGGAUUCACUCAGUCGUCCAACCUUGUGAAACACCGGCAGGUUCACACUGGGGACAAAAGGGCGAUUAACCCGCGUACGUCUCUGGGUGGCGGGAGGAAAAUGGAGCAGGCGGCAGGGAGAACGUGUAAACGCCGCGCACACACACACAGAGAGCGGCGGAGGCUGGGAUUGAACCCCGGUCGCUGCGGCUGCCAGGCGGAGGCUCGAACCGCUGAUCCGCCAGGGAGUCACGUGACUGCGGCUCGCGUUAGCGGGGUACAAGAGGCAAAGGAUUUGUGUGUGGGAAUCUCGAAGCACAACAGCGCGCCAGUUCUGCUGUUUCUGUCGGUUCAGGAGCACGUGGAUGUCACCGAUUCGCGAAUGUGCAGGCGGAGAACUCACGGCACCAGUCAUAGCAAGGUUCAUUCUAGGUGUGAGAUUUCGAUGAAGCGGCCUGGAGAUAAAAGUUUUCACGAGGGAGAGAGACCGUUCAGCUGUACCGCGUGCGGGAAGGGAUUCACUAAGUCAUCCCUCGUGAUGAAACACCAGCAAGUUCACCCCGAGGAGAGGCCAUUUACCUGUUCAGUCUGUGGGAAGGAUUAUAUUUGGCCAUCCGAACUGUGGAGACACCCACAGGUUGACACUGGGGAGAGCCCCUAUAUCUGUUUUGAAUGUGGGAAUGGAUUCCUUCAGUCAUCCUACCUACACGCACACCAGUCAGUUCACACAGCUGAGAGGCUGUUCAUUUGUUCUGAUUGUGGAAAGGGAUUCACUCGGUCAUCUAAUCUGCUGACACACCAGCGGAUUCACACUGGGGAGAGGCCGUACAUCUGCUCUGAGUGUGGGAAGGGAUUCACUCAUUCAUCUGAUCUGCUGACACACCAGCGAGUCCACACUGGGGAGAGGCCGUUCACCUGCCCAGACUGUGGGAAGAGAUUUACCCAGUCAUCUCAGCUGAAGGUUCAUCAGCGAGUUCACACUGGAGAGAGGCCAUUCACCUGUUAUGAAUGUGGGAAGACAUUCACUCGAUCAGCCCACCUGCAGAGACACCAGUCAGUUCACACGGGAGAGAGGCCAUUCAUCUGCUCUGAAUGUGGGAAGGCAUUCACUCGGUCAUCCCACCUACAGGCACACCAGUCAGUUCACACUGGGGAGAGACCGUUCACCUGCUCGGACUGUGGGAAGGGAUUUACACAGUCAUCUGACCUACUGGCACACCGGUCAUUUCACACCGGGGAGAUGCCGUUCACCUGCUCAGACUGUGGGAAGGGAUUCACUCAGUCAUCUCAGCUGAAGGUACAUCAGCGAGUUCACACCGGGGAGAGACCGUAUGUCUGCUCUGAAUGUGGGAAGGGGUUUAUUCGGUCGUCCAACCUACAGACACACCAGCGAAUUCACACUGGAGAGAGGCCAUUUACCUGCUCAGUCUGUGGGAAGGGAUUCACUCGGUCGUCUGACCUACUGGCACACCAUUCAAUUCACACUGGGGAGAAACCGUACUCCUGCUCAGAUUGUGGGAAGAGAUUUAUUCAGUCAUCUCAAUUGAAGGUGCAUCAGCGAGUUCACACUGGGGAGAGGCCGUACAUCUGCUCUGUAUGUGGGAGAAAGUUCAGUCGGUUAUCCCACCUGCAGACGCACCAGGCAGUUCACACUGGGGCGAGGCCAUUCACCUGUUCAGAAUGUGGGAAGGCAUUCACUCGGUCAUCCCACCUGCAGACCCACCAGGCAAUUCACACUGGUGUGAGACCGUUCACCUGCUCGGAAUGUGGGAAGGGAUUCACUCGAUCGUCUGACCUGCUAGUACACAAGUCAGUCCACACCGGGGAGAAGCCAUUCGUCUGCUCAGACUGUGGGAAGGGGUUCACUCAGUCAUCUCAACUGAAGGUUCAUCAGCGAAUUCACACGGGGGAGAGACCGUACAUCUGCUCUGAAUGUGGGAAGGCAUUCACUCGGUCAUCCCACCUACAGACACACCAAUCAGUUCACGCUGGGGAGAAGCCGUUCACCUGCUCCGACUGCGGGAAGCGAUUUUCUCAGUCAUCUGACCUACAGGCACACCAGUCGGUUCACGCUAGGGAGAGACCGUUCACCUGCUCAGACUGUGGGAAGGGUGUCUCUUGGUCGUCUGACCUACUGGCUCACCAGUCAGAUCACACUGGGGAGAGCUUAUUCAUCUGCUCUGAAUGUGGGAAGGGAUUCACUCAGUUAUCCCAUCUGGUGAAGCAGCAAUGAGCUCACACUGGGGAGAAAGUUUAAAUAAGCUGCAUGCUGGAUAUUUCACUGUCACAGUUGCUAAAUCCAGAGGCAAGUUCAAGAGUGACUGUCCAUGUCAAACUUUGCAAUUAUUACCGCGGCUCAUCACUGGGAAUGGGAGGAGUUUCCUCUGCUGAUGUUCACCUUUAGUGGGACUGGAGUUUAAUAUUCUGCAUCUGUGACUAAUAAAUCAGUUCUAGUUUAAACUCUGUCUCGGAUGCUCAGUGAAUCUACAACACACCCAGUGUGUUAACAUUCCUUAUUCCCUGCUCUUUUCUCGGGAUUUAUGACUCCGACCAUAAUUGUAGUUCUGAGUUUAUCUGACACGCAGUACAAACACUGUAUCUUUCAGACAAGUAGAUCAACGAUUUUCUAUCAAUUGAAGUGGAAUAUUGAGAUCAGGUCCUAAGUCCAUAACCAGAUGACAUUCAUACCAUGGGAAUAAUUGACACUGAGGCCUCAAUAGAAAAUACUGGGUCCAAUUUCUGGUGAAUUAAAAUGCCGAUAGAGCAGCAUGGGAAGGAUCAGACCGUGCUUCUCUUUUGUUUCUUUAGCGAAUUGCCUUUGUAGAACGCCACCCAGUCCUGGACCCUUCUGCCAAGUGAGGCCAUUGUUUCUUCUGUCCUGUCUGGGUGCAUAAUGCAGAGGUGUUGGGUGCAAAUUGACCUGCAGCAUGGAUGGUACAAAAGUUCCACACAUUAACCGUUUCCAGCGAGAAUGUCUAAUCGCCCCUCCCUCGGCGUUCAUUAGCAGUGCCAUUUCCGAGUCCACCGCCGCCGGUCUCCUCCGGGCCGCGGUGAUCAGAAAGGCUCCGCGAGUAGCUGUGUGAACACUCUGCGCUCCCAGUGGGGCAGUGGGACAUGCCCAGACUUGCUCAAUUAUGGAAACAGACAGAGCCCGUUGAGCCAAGUCGCAGAUACGUGAGUGGCAGGAUUCUCCCAUUAUGAUAAGAACGGGUGGACAGGGAAUUUGAUGCCGAGUCCAGAUAGCUGGCCAGUGACCAGAUGGAAGAUGAGGAUUUGUUCUCUCCACUUGUGUGGAGCCUCACCCUAACAACAUGAUAUCAGAACUCACCUUGGCUACUAGAACUGCCUCAGCUGAAGUGUCCACCUUUGCCCUUCAAUGCCUUUAUAAACUUAUUUCAGGGUAGAAAAGACAAAUGAGAGGUGUGCAGUGUUCUCAAAUGCAAGAACGCAAUCAGUUCUGCUGUGAAUGUCAGUUCACCAUCGAUCUUUCAAUGUGGCGGUGGAGCUGCUAAAUUGAUACCACACCGGCCGUAGCAAGGAGAACCUGGACGUGUGCUCCGCGUAAGGGUGAGAUUUGGCUGAAGCAACCUUGUAAAUUCCCUUCCAGUUACUGAAGGAGUGAACAGGCAUUUCUUGUGUAACACCGGUAUAUCGGUUGUCGAUCCUGGGAAAAGGGGACAUAUCUCAUCCCAGCUGGAAGCACGCUUUGUGUCAGAACUGAUGUUUCCUGUUUUAACUCAGUGACACCCACUGAAACGGGGAGCUGAGAACGCACCAGCUUUUGUUCACUGGAGUUCCCGUAUCUUCACUGGAGACCAGAAGCUCAGCUGCUUGAAGAAUGGGAGGGAUUCACUACGUCAUUUCCCUGAUGAUGCACGGGGGGAGCAAAUCGAGGAAAAACAUGUCUGACUGUGGGAAAAGGUUCAGUCGUUCAUCCAAACAGCAGACACAAGGGAGUUCACGGUGGAAAAAUGUUAUUUGCCUGCUGUGCGUGUGGGAAUGGAUUUUUUUUCAGUCUUCCAACUUGCAUAAAUGCAGCAAGUUGACACUGGUGAUAGAAUUGGUCGUUUGUUAUGUUUAUAAUAAGGUAUUAAUUGAAUUAAUGAGAUUUUAGCAAGACUGAAUUGUAAUUCCUCUAACAUAUAAUUUGUAUUUUCACAAUACGUGGUGUUAGAUUACGCCUGCUGAUGGCAAAACAAUAUAAGUUAUAUAACGGUUAAUAACCUUUCAAUUUUCAUUGGCUAAGUGUUAAAUGUACUAUGUUUGUGUGUGUCUUCCAAUAGACCCUCCCUUACCUCAGGAAUUUGCCUUAACUCGCUGUAAAAAUGUCUGUUUCUGCAAAAAUCAUGAAUCUUGAUUCUUUGUUCUUUAGUUUCUGCUCAUCUCCUGGUAGUAAAACUGUUGUCCUAU